AUGACAGCUCCACCAUUGGAUCAAUUUCAUGAUCCAUUUGAUGAACGAUAUGAUCAAGUGGCUGUUGAUCCACCAUAUUUGGCCCCAGAUUUGCCGACACCGAGUCAAAAUCAGUCAAUGAAUGCUCAGCAAAGGAUCGAAGAGCUUGAAAUGGUAACAUUUGCUGCCCUGCAAGCGCAAGCUGAUAUGGAGUACUGCCUUGAAGUGGAAGAACGAAGAAGGAGAAGACUCGAAGAACCAAAGAAUCCGACUGUCUUCAUGCAGCCAGUGAUCAUCGAUCGAGUUGUGCGAACGCCCGUUGUCGUUGAAAGCAGCUUCAUGUCGAGCGUUUGGUUCCUCAAGGCUGGCCUUUGUUUAGGCAUUCUGAUUCUCUUGGGUAUUUGUCUUAUCAUUGUGUUGUACUCACUCAUCAAUAGAAAU